AGCUAAGAUACGUGGUUAAAGCCCUAUCAAUGAUAUAUGCAAUAGAAAGAAUAAACAAUUCUACCCUGUUACCAGGAAUAAAACUGGGCUAUGAAAUCUAUGAUUCCUGUUCUGAUGUUUCCAAAGCUGUGCAAUUAACAGUUAAACUUUUUCCUGAGCUGGACGCAUGGAACAACCUUCCAUCCUGCAAUAACACAGAAGUAACUCCUACAGUGAAAGCUGUUGUAGAAGAAACAUUUUCAGAACUGUCAAUAGCUAUAUCCAGGAUUCUAAGCCUUCAUUAUAUCCCUCAGAUAAGUACUGCAUCGUCUGCUCCAAGCCUUAGUGACAAAUUAAGGUUCCCUUCCUUUUUGCGGACAGUUCCAAAUGAUAAACACCAAACACGGGCCAUUGCCAAGCUCAUUAGGACUUUUGGAUGGAACUGGGUUGGAAUAAUUGCAAGUGAUGAUGAUUAUGGAUGUUCUGCUGCUGAAUUGCUGAAUGCAUACUUUAAAGAAGAAAGGAUAUGUACUGCAUUUUCCAAGACCAUUCCAUCGUAUGUAGGCCAUCCUUCUAUGCAAAAAAACAUUGAUAAUUUAAUCAGUGAACUUAAAAACAGUACUGCAAAUGUGGUUAUAGUGGUUGCAAAGGGCCCCAUUGUCAUCAAACUGUUUCAAGAAGCUAUAAGAAUGAACAUAUCAAGAACAUGGAUUGCAACUGAUGUCUGGUCAACCUCAAGGGAAGUGCUGAACAUGAAAGAUAUUGAUAAAGUUGGUGCUGUACUUGGGUUGAUGUUCCAGGCUAAACUCGUUGAAGGAUUUACAGAAUAUUUGCAAAACCUCCAGCCUCCACCAUAUGGAGCCACAAACAGUUUUUUGGAAGAAUAUAAAAAUAUUCGUUUUGGCUGUACUAAAGACUAUAGAAAGUUCUUGGAAUGCAUGGAUUCAUUAGCAAAAAAGUGUUCACCUGUAAAGAUGAAAUCUGCUCUGGCAUGCAAGGUGAAGAAUGUAUCACUGGCAAAUGAUGACUAUCUGGUGGAACAUAUAGAAUGGAGUACACCAUACAGAGUUUCUCUGGCAGUUGCAGCCAUCGGUCAGUCUUUACAAAAUAUUCUGUGCAGAAAUGGAACAUGCAUAAAGAAUAUGAAUGUGUCACAAGUCGAGUUACUGAAGGAAAUCCGAAAAGUCCAGUUUUUCCUUAAUUCUGACCCAUAUACAUUUGAUGAAAAUGGAGAUUUCUCGAGUGGAUAUGACAUAAUCAACUGGCACACAUUGCUAAGACCACCAGUAUAUACAGCUGUUGGACAGUAUAAUACGUCAACAUCUGAACUAAGGGUAGAUGAAACCCUUCUGUUUUGGAACACUAAAGAUGAUAACAUUCCUUUUUCUGACUGUAACAAGCCUUGUCCCCCAGGAUAUUACAAAAAACACUCAUUGAUUAGUUGUUGUUAUGAGUGUAUUCCUUGUCCAGAAGACCAUUUCUCUUCAGAAACAGAUAUGACUGAAUGCACUAAGUGUCCUGGCCAUCAGUGGUCAAAUAAUGGAAGCUCCCGGUGUGAAAACAGGACAGUUGAAUAUUUCCAAAGAAAUAACCCAUUUGCCAUUACUUUAAUGAGUUUCGCAGCAUUUGCCAUUUUGCUGCUGCUAAUGAUUGGGAUUGUAUUUAUUAAUUACAGGGACACAUCAGCAAUAAAAGAUGCAGGAGGUAAUUAUAGCUACCUUCUGAUUGCAUCCCUAUUACUAAGCUUGGUGGACACUGGAUUUUUCAUUGGUCAGCCAAGUGAUAUUAUUUGCAAGAUCAGGCAACCCCUCUAUGGGAUUGGCUUCACCCUAUGUCUAUCUUGUAUUGUAAUCAAAUCUUUAAAUAUUUUUGUUGCCUUUCAGUCAACCAAAGGAGGCAACAUUCAUUUAAAAUACCAGCCAGCAGCACUUCUUAGUGGUUUAACUGCUUUCCAACUCUGUCUUUGUUUAAUAUGGAUUAUUCUGAAAUCUCCUUUUGUUAAAGAAAUCGACACCAAGCCUAAAGUACUUAUUCUUCAGUGUGAUGAGGGCUCCUAUGUGGCAUUUGGCAUGAUGUUGGGGUACACUGGCAUUCUUGCAUUUACAAACUUUAUUCUUGCAUUCAAUGGUAAGAAGCUACAAAACAGAUACAAUGAGGCUUGGUGUAUCAAAUUUAGUAUGCUCAUAUAUUUGUUUGUAUGGACUAUAUUUAUUCCUAUCUACAUAAAUACCAGUGAUGUAUAUCAGUCUGCAGUGCAAGUUAUUGCCAUGUUAGCAUCAAUCUAUGGAGUUAUAGCCUGCCAACUUCUACCAUCAUUGUACAUCAUUUUGUUUAAAAGAAGAAAAAUCAGACGUAUAAGGAACAUGAACAAUCUCUUAAACUUAUCCAAGACACGGAUAUCUAAACUGUCACUAGAGAACAGAAAUGGGGCAUUUUCAUCUGCUACUUCUCAACAAGAUGGCAGGCAUAAUAGUUUUUUACCACAAGACAAAAUCAAUUUCAGAAGCACAAAGCAAACAGUUAGAAGGAGGCACAAGAGCUAUUAGGUGAUAUUAUAUCCCUCAUUGGCUAGUUUGCCUACAUUCUGUGACAUCAGCUCGAUUCUUAAUGAUACACUCACACCCUGGAGCUCCGAAGAGCAGGAAAUAAGGCCAGGAGUUGUUACAGAAAAAACAGGCUGUAAUGGUCAGGUCCUUUUGGACUGGAAACAACAGGUCAAAUAGAAUUUCAAGAAGGGGAUGAUAAUGAGAGGAUAAUAAGAAAGUUCCCCUCCGGAAUUAAAAUUCUCAUCUGUAAACUAGAAUUCAAAAGUGUUACUACUUACCCUCCCAGUUUUGGGUCUGUAUUGUCCCAGCUUAUUGGUAAGAAUGCAUAUCUCAUUGUCAAUGAUAAGCAGUGAUCUCCUCACACAUGGGGUCCUGGAAGAUAGGUUUACUUUACAGUCACCUGCUCUUACUUGCCCACCUCAUGUGAUUAGAGAAGGUGGUUGACAUGGUUACAGUAGGUAGCCCAUCUAUGUUGGCUAACAGGCUUUCUAAGGAUAAAGAUGGUCUUUUUACUAAAAACAGUUCUGUAACUUAAUUGGUUACGAUUAUAUUUUGAUAACAAUCCUGCUAUAUGAUUACAAUACAUCUGUUUAAGGGACAGUAUAUCUGAUUGUUCAACAUGCAUUUAAUAAUGAUUGGAUUAUUGUCCAACUAAGUGCCAAUUGUUGUACAUAAAAAUGUUAUAUUCUAGUUCAGGUUUUAUCCUUAACUACAAGAUAUUAUAUUAAUA